AAGCUAGCAGGCGAAGUGAAACCAUGGCUCAAAUUAGGAAGAUGGACUGCCACUUAAUGGUCAGGUCAUCGGCCGAUAAGUUCUACGACGCCUUCAGGAACAAAGCCAAACUUACACCAAAGAUGUCCGAUGGAUUCGUUGCCGACGUAAAACUUCUCCAGGGUGAUUGGAAUUCCGUCGGUGCCGUUAGGCUCUGGACUUAUGAUUUCGAAGGUAAGUCUCAAAUGGUUAAAGAAAUACUGGAGGGCGUAGACGACGAUAACAAGACGAUGGUUUUCAAAGUGGUGGAGGGUGAUGUCUUGAAUUAUUACAAGAGCUGGAGGACCGUCCUAAACAUCACGGCGGCCAGAGAGGGAAGCUUGGUUAAAUGGACUAUGGAAUUUGAAAAGCAAAACGACGACGUCCCCGAUCCCAUCAAGAACGCCGACUACCUGAUAACCUUGGCCAGAAACAUCGAUGCUUAUCUUCUUAAUGCUUAAUUGAAGUAUGGAUCGUUAAAUUAUAAAGCAAAAC